GAUAGUUAAUAGUGGCUAAAGUGAGUCCGGGUGCUACACAAGGUUCACUUUUGGGGCCAAUUCUAUCCUUUUGAUAUUUAAAUCAAGCAACUGCGUUUCAGUUACUGUUUUUCCUUAUCUUUAUUUAUCGGUCAAAAUGACGGACGAAACGACGAAAAAUAGGGGCAAAUGGGGCAACAGCAUCGAAUUCCUGAUGUCAUGCAUUGCCAUGAACGUGGGCUUGGGCAACAUCUGGCGUUUUCCCUUCGUAGCGUAUGAGAAUGGGGGUGGGGCUUUUCUCAUACCCUACAUCUCGGUCUUGAUUCUCCUAGGCCGCCCCAUGUACUACCUCGAGAUGUGCCUCGGCCAAUUUAGUAGUCGGGGCAAUGUCAAAAUGUUUGAGUCGUUAGCCCAGGUUUUGAAAGGGGUGGGUUUUGGGCAAUUAAUCGGGACGUUUUCCGUGGCCACCUAUUACUGCUCACUCAUGGCCUUGACACUUUACUAUUUGAUUCACUCGUUUCGGCCCGACUUGCCCUGGUCACAGUGUGACCCCAAUUGGGGUCAGGACACGUGGUUGGGCAACACCACCUGCAUUCCUAGCAAAAGCACCGAAGUCGGGGUUGAGAAUUCGGUCAGCUCGGCUGAAGCCUGGUUUAGGAUUGAAGUCCUGAAGGAAGCUACGGAUUUGUCCCAGGGGAUCGGGUACCCCAACUGGGAAUUGACUCUGUGUUUGUUGUGCUCGUGGACGAUCACUUUUUGUAUUUGCGCAAAAGGGGUGCAAAGCUCGGGGAAAGCCUCAUAUUUUCUUGCAAUUUUUCCGUUUAUUAUACUUUUCGCGCUUUUAAUCCGGUCUGUUACUUUGGAGGGGGCCGGACAGGGAAUUUUGUAUUUUGUUAAGCCCAACUGGGAAAAGUUACUAAGUGCACAGGUUUGGUAUGCAGCCGUCACUCAGUGUUUCUUUUCGUUGAAUAUUGGUUUCGGUUCGGUUACAAUGUACGCAUCUUAUAAUAGCUUCGAUCAUAAUGUUUACAGGGAUGCGAUGGUGGUUACAACCCUUGACACUUUUACUUCGUUUCUGUCAGGGUUAAUAAUUUUCGGGAUUUUAGGGAAUUUGGCGUAUAAGAUGAAUGUAGAAGUGUCAGAUGUUGUGAAGUCUGGUGGAACGGGCUUAGCCUUCAUUUCAUACCCGGAAGCUAUAGCCCAUUUCGAUAUAGUGCCUUGGUUAUUUGCAAUUUUAUUUUUCUUCAUGUUGUUUGUAUUGGGUGUUGGCAGUUUGAUAGCUUUAAAGGGGUGUGCUUUUACGGUUAUUUUGGAUGCUUUUCCCCAUUUGAAGACAUGGCAUGUGUCAUUUGGAACGGCAGUGGUUGGAUUUCUCGUUGGUUUAGUUUAUAUCACACCGGGCGGUCAAUUUAUUUUCACAAUGGUGGAUUUCUUUGGCGGCACUUUCAUUUUCUAUGUCCUGACCAUAAUUGAAGUCCUUUCAGUGAUGUGGUGGUAUGGUUUGGAAAAUAUCUGCCUUGACAUUGAAUUUAUGUCAAAGAGACGGCCAGGGCCGUACUGGCGUAUCUGUUGGGCUGUCAUAAUCCCAAUCGUCCUUAUCACAGUUUUUGUGUAUUUCAUAGCCACCUUAGAAGAAUUAAAAUACGAGGACCAGACAUACCCUGCAUAUAUCAUUGUUUGGGGAUGGGUUUUGUUUGGCGUGGGUGUGAUGCAGCCUUUGAUUUGGUGGGUGAUUCAAAUUGGGAGGAAUUACAAAAGGGAAGGCGUUUUCAAGGCAUUUUUACGGACCUUCACGCACGACAGUUGGGGCCCCAAAGAAGAAGAGUUUUACAACAAUUGGGUGGAAUUUAAGAGAGAAAAGAAACAAAAAAUGGUCAAGGGGCGACACUGGUUCAAACACAAAUUAUGCGUACUUAUAGGAAAGUAGGCUAGGGAUUGAAUACAAAUGUCAAAUGAAGCAGAGAAAAUUAAUUUGCGACGCUUGUAUAGUUAAUAGAAUGAAAGUAUUGUUAUUGUUUUUUUAAUAAAGUGAUUAAGAUUC